CCGGAACUGAACGGGCAUUGGUACAACUUUUAGAACUAAUAUAAUUACCUCCCCUUUGUCCAGAAAACAAACCAAACGAAAUGAAAAAGCUCGUGUGAAGUUUAGUCUUGGUAGGACUAAGGAUGUCUUCCAAGUGGCCAUUGCAUUUUCCUGCCAUAACACUUCCUACUAAUAGGUCUAAAGUGGUGACAACUGUAUCAUUAGGUCUUGCUAUAUUGGGACUGAUAACAGCAUAUUUCCGUUUAAGGAAGAAAUGCAGUCAAAAUGUCAAACGACAGGUUCCUGAUGGAAGUGAACAUAAUAGUAGAUUACAUAGCUAUCUUAAUGGAGAUGUGACAACAGGUAGAGGUCAUCAUGCUGAGAGUCCAUCUGGUAGUUCUACACUAUCUAGAUUUAACAAGACACAGUUUGGUUCAAUGUCCAGUUUGGCUGCAUCUUCUGUAUCCACAGUAACACAUGCUCCAAUAGACACCGGAUCAUUGUCACCAAUACAGCUGUGUCAUCUAGGAUUUGAAACCUUACAGACAGCAGUAAGUUAUUGGGAGGAUGCAAAUGGGAAAUUAUUAUCAACUGAAGACCAAUCAAAACCAGCCAUGCACGAUGCAGACACAUUAGCAUUACAUCAACAGUUAGAAAGAUUACUGGACUCUUCUUACAGAAUGAUGGACAGUUAUGAACGUCAGUGUGAAAGACAGGCAGAUCAAGUAGCAUUUGAUUCUGCUAUUACAGCAUUUACAACAGAGAUGGACAGAGCAUCAUCAAAAAGAAGUUUAGACACUGGUUCCCAAAGUGACCAAGAUUCAUUUGUAUCAGCUACAGAUAUGGCCAAUUUAGCAGAUUUAGACAAUCAUAGAGAAAUGUUCCAACAUCUACCAUUGUAUGAAGCAGGUCUUUUAGAAUUAAAACAUGGAACCAUAACAUGUAGAACACUCAGGACAGAAAUGACACAUUGUUUGUCAGACACAGAAUUUCUUGCCAAGCUGCAUUGUCUGAGAUUGGCACUUGAGAUUAUAUUUAGUAACAGUUCCAACAAAGAAUAUUUCACUAGAAUGGGUAGACAGAUAAUUGGUGAUAUUCUUGUUAAAUCUGAAAGAGAUCCUGAAGAAUUUUUUGUUGCCUAUGAUGAAAUGAUGGAUUAUGUAUUGAAGUCAUCUAACUGGCCACAAAUGGAAGAAGAAUUGAAAGGUAGAGGGGUAAAAAGUUUUACAUUUUAUGAUGUUGUAUUAGAUUUUAUUUUGAUGGAUGCUUUUGAUGAUCUUUCCAAUCCACCCUCAUCUGUCAUUACAGUAGUACAGAAUAGAUGGCUCUCAAAUGGAUUCAAAGAAACAGCUUUAUCAACAGCAGUAUGGUCAGUUUUAAAAGCCAAAAGAAGAAUGCUCAAAGUGCCACAUGGGUUCAUUGGCAGAUUUUACAGUAUAACAGAGCAUACAAGUCCAGUAUUAGCUUGGGGUUUUCUGGGACCAGAUUCACCAUUAAAGGAAAUAUGUCUCUAUUUUAAAGAUUUAGUGUUAGGGUUCAUCUGUGAUAUAUUUAGUUUUGAGAAAAGCCGUUACACAACACUCGAUGACUUAGCAGAGGACAUUGUCAGACUUGGCAAACAAAGAUGUGAGGAUGCAGCUAUUAAACUAGCAACUUAAUAAUUAAUUUAUAUUUUAAUACUCAUACUUUUUUCAGUCUAACUGACUUUUCAUGCAUUUAUUAUUAUAUAUUGAUCCAUUAAAUGGACUAGUUAUUAAAAAAUUAACUCUUGGGGUAAAAAAUACUUG